AUGUCAGCACCAAAAAAACCCAAACUCCCUUUUCCUUUGAAGACUCGCCUUUCGAUUUCAUUGAUUAUGACUUUAACGGACGCUGCAUGUCGAUCUAAUGGUAGUGUUAACCGCCGUCUUCUCAACUUUUUAGAUAACAAAACAUCGGCUAAAGCAACUCCCAUUAACGGUGUUUCCACAAAAGACAUAACUGUUGAUGCCGAAAGUAAAAUUUGGUUCCGUCUCUUCACUCCCACCGGCAUCAAUGCCAGCGCCGGAGGAGGUAGUAACACCGAAACCACAUCCCUUCCCGUGGUAAUUUUCUUCCACGGUGGAGGAUUCACGUUUAUGUCUCCCGCUUCAUUAUCCUAUGAUACCAUUUGUCGGAGAUUCUCACGGGAAUUGAAUGUCGUCGUUGUCUCCGUCAACUACCGCCGCACACCGGAGUAUCGUUACCCGACACAAUACGAAGAUGGAGAAACCGCAUUGAAAUUCCUUGACGAAAACAAAUCCGUUUUACCGGAAAAUGUUGAUGUGUCAAAAUGUUUCCUAGCUGGAGACAGCGCGGGUGCAAAUUUGGCACAUCAUGUUGCGGUUCGGGCUUGCAAAGCAGGGCUCCAGAGAAUCCGGGUAGCCGGGUUGAUUUCAAUGCAACCGUUUUUUGGUGGCGAGGAGCGAACAGAAGCAGAGAUUCGCCUUGAAGGAUCGUUGAUGAUUUCGAUGGCGAGGACAGAUUGGAUGUGGAAGGUGUUUUUGCCAGAGGGUUCGAACCGAGAUCACAACGCAGCUAAUGUUAGUGGGCCGAAUGCGGAGGAUUUAUCCCGAUUAGAUUAUCCAGAUACGCUUGUUUUUGUGGGUGGGUUGGACGGGUUAUAUGAUUGGCAAAAGAGGUAUUAUGAAUGGUUGAAAAUAUCUGGAAAAAAAGCUCAGUUGAUUGAAUAUCCAAACAUGAUGCAUGGUUUUUAUGCGUUUCCUAAUGUUCCCGAGGCUUCUCAAUUGAUUUUGCAAAUCAAAGAUUUUAUCAACAAUAGAGUCUCCAAUUUUAUAUGA